AUGGCGCUGGACGGAUCCAGCAGUUAUGUUGCUCCCAGCAACUUAAUGGAGUCUCCGAGCUCCUCCCUCCCGAUGUUCGACGUUGAGCGGGUGCAGCUAGCCUUCAACAUCGCCGCGGACUUUGUGGCAGCGCAGGUCGCGAACAAUGUACUUGUGCUAGCUCUGUCAACAAACCGCAUUCUACGAAUUGAUCUUGAUUCCCCUGAAGAUGUCGAAGACAUCGAUCUUCCCAAGAAAUCCUCCGAAGUUGGAGUCAUCCGGCGCAUGUUCCUUGACCCUUCCGCGUCGCAUUUGAUUAUCACCACGACUCUCGGUGAAAACUACUAUCUCCAUGCCCAGUCACCGUCGCGACAGCCCAAACCCCUGUCACGUUUAAAGGGUGUGUCAAUCGAGAGUAUUGCCUGGAAUCCCUCUCUACCAACCGCAUCCACCCGGGAAAUUCUCCUCGGCGCCACCGACGGCAAUGUGUACGAGACUUAUAUCGAACCAUCCAACUACCGGCGUGAGGAGAAGUACACCACUCCAGUCUUCCAGGCACCCGGCGCCUCCGCGGUGACUGGAAUCUCGGCGGAGCCGUUAUUCUCAAAGCCUGAUCACAGAAGGGUUAUUGUGGCGACCUAUGGGAAAUUGUUACACUUCACCGGGCGGACCGGAGGUUCGAAGCACGGGAGAGAGAGCGGUGGGUCUGUGUACUCGGAACUGUUCCAACGCGAGACUCCCUUGAUCCAUGAACUUCAGAAUCCCUCCAGCUCUGCACCGUCUUCUUUAGUGAUUUCUCCUGCAGUGUCAGAAAGCCAUCAGGCCGAAGGCUAUACCGAAAAGGAAUUUGCUUGGCUCAGCUCCGAAGGAAUCUACCAUGGCCAGCUCGCAUCAGAAACUCCAUUCAAAAAUGCACACAUGCUUGCGCGGUCGGUUUUCCCGGCUUCGGAAUCACCACGUGGAGGUCCGAAGUUGAUCCAAGACCCGAUUUCCGCGAUGACUCUGUCCCAAUGGCAUAUCUUGGCGCUUGUUGGAGGUAAAGUGGUCGCCGUCAACCGUCUCAGUCAAGAAGUUGUAUACAACCAAACAGUGCUGGAGCCUGGGCAGAGUGCGCUGGGUCUCUUGACUGAUCUCACAAAGAAAACCUAUUGGCUCUUCACCACCCAGGCCAUUUUCGAGGUCGUGGCAGGUGACGAAGACAGAGAUGUUUGGAAGAUCUUCCUAAAAGAGCAAAAAUUUGACGAAGCUCUCCAGUAUGCCCGAGGUCCUACACAGCGCGAUGCUGUUAUGACUGCUUCGGGUGACUUUUUGGCGGACAAAGGUAACUUCUUCGAGGCUGCCAAAGUAUGGGGCAAGAGUAGCAAAGGCUUUGAAGAGGUCUGUCUUACUAUGAUUGACCACAAAGAGCAUGAUGCCCUGCGAAACUACCUCCUCUCCCAGCUAGCAACAUACAAGAAAGCCUCUGCCAUGCAAAGAAUCAUGGUCGCGAGCUGGCUUGUGGAACUGUUCAUGUCUAAGUUGAAUUCGCUUGACGACAACAUCGCCACCAAGGCCGAAUUGACAGAGGGCACGAGUACCGGCGAAAUCAAGGAUCAGCUUGGCAGCGUCCGGGCUGAGUUCCAAGAAUUUGUCAACAGCCACAAAGCUGACUUGGACCGGAAGACAGUGUACGAUAUCAUCAGUAGCCAUGGCCGCGAGGAGGAGCUUCUCUUCUUCGCAACUGCUACGAGUGACUACAACUAUGUUCUGUCAUAUUGGAUUCAGCGCGAGAAAUGGCUGGAGGCUUUGAAGGUCUUGCAACGCCAAAGUGAUAGCGAUGUGUUCUACAAAUAUAGCAGUGUGCUCAUGACACAUAAGCCUACAGACCUGGUCGAUAUCUUGAUGCGCCAGACGGACGUCGAUCCUGAGAGACUGAUACCCGCACUGCUAAACUACAACAAAUCGGCCAGUGUUGCUUCCCUCAGUCAGAACCAAGCUGUCCGCUAUUUAAACUUCGUCAUUGUCAACCACCCCAACCCAUCCGCAGCGGUCCACAAUACCCUCAUUUCAAUCCAUGCGUCCAGCCCCUCCGCAUCCGAGGCUGGUCUGCUCACCUACCUCCAAUCGCAACCAUCCUCGCCCCCUCCCUAUGAUGCAGACUUUGCCCUUCGGCUUUGUAUUCAGAAUCAACGAGUUCAGUCAUGCAUCCACAUAUACAGCACAAUGGGUCAGUAUCUACAGGCCGUUGAACUAGCCCUGGAGCACAAUGACAUCGAGUUGGCUGCAAUUGUUGCUGAUCGGCCAGAGGGCAACGACAAACUUCGCAAGAAACUGUGGCUCCUGGUCGCAGAGAAAAAGAUCCGUCAACCAGGCACCGGUAUCAAAGACGCCAUUGAAUUCCUGCGACGUUGUGAGCUUCUUCGCAUCGAAGAUAUGAUCCCCUUCUUCCCUGACUUCGUCGUCAUUGACGACUUCAAGGAUGAAAUCUGCACCGCUUUGGAAGAUUACUCCCGCCACAUUGACGCCCUGCGUCAGGAAAUGGACAACUCAGCCCAAACAGCCCGUCAAAUCCGGGGUGAGAUUGCUGGCCUGGAUACCCGUUAUGCGAUUGUUGAGCCGGGCGAGAAAUGUUGGAUCUGCUCGCUACCUGUUCUCAGCCGUCAGUUUUUUGUCUUCCCCUGCCAACAUGCUUUCCACAGUGACUGCCUUGGCAAGGAGGUUCUAGAUGGUGCUGGUGGAAAGAAGAAGUAUAUUCGCGAUUUGCAGGCCCAGCUCAGUAACGGCGGUAUGUCCUCCUCUCGACGAGAGGACAUUGUCAAGGAAUUAGACUCGCUGGUCGCUGAAGCUUGUAUUCUCUGCGGUGACCAUGCCAUCAAACAGAUUGACAAGCCCUUCAUUGCAGACUUUGAGACAGCUGACGACUGGGGCCUGUAA